AUGGAGGCUUCAGGUAGUCCUCUUCCUGCCAUGCCUGAAAGUAGUGAUACCGCUGAUUCACAAAACUUACUAAAACUUCUGAUUGAUGAAAGAAUGAGAUGUGAAUACCUUAAAGUAAAUUAUCAAAAUGUGAAGGCAGAAAAUCUAAGAUUAAAGAAAGAAUAUACAAAAUCACAAGAUGAACUGAAGCGACUGUUAGCUGAAAAGCAGACUGUACACAAGAAAAUUCAGCAGCUUCUUUCUGAAUGUCAAGAGGAGUUGCUGGGUAAAACACGAGAGCUGAAAAAUCUGAAGAUUCAGGUGAUAACUUCUCAAAAAUUAGAACUGUUAAAUGCACAAAUACAGGAGGCAUUUGAAUCUUCCAUGGCAGAACUUCAUCAGAAGUUAGAAAAUGAAGUGGAAAAAUGCAGAACAGAAUAUAACAAACUUCGCUAUGAACAUGCUUUUCUGAAGUCAGAAUUUGAACGUCAACAGGAAGAAAAUUCACGUAUUUUAGAAUAGAAGAAAAUACAAUAUGAAGCUGAGGUGGCAAGGCUGCUUAAAGAUAAAGAACUCCAUAAUCAGCUGCUUGAUCUCACGAGGGACAGUAAAUGCAUGGAGGCACUCUCUAGAGAAAAGGCACAACUGAUUCAGAAAAUGAAAGGCUUAGAAGCAGAAGUAGAGGAACUAAGAUCAGAAAAAGACAAUUGUAGUGUGCAAGCAGAUAGUGUUCAAAGAGCUCAAGUCCAGCAGUUAGCUGAGAUGCAGGCUAUGGCAAGAUUUUUGGAGACAGAAAAGAAGUCUGCUGAACUACAGAUUGAUCAAAUUGAGAAAGAGCUGCGGAUGAGUCAUGAACAAAACUUUCUCUUAACCACUAAACUUCACAAAUUGGAGCAAGAAGUCAAUUCCUUAGUUACCCAAGUAAAAGAAUUUAAACAUUCACAUAAGUUGGAAGUAACAAAUGUCAAACUGGAGGCAGCAAGAACAAAGAGUGAAAUAGAAAAAGAGAUAAACAAGAUUCAAAGCAAAAUGUAUGGAUUGUUGUCACACAUAGAAACGCUUAAGGCAGGUGGUGAACAUCAUAAGGAGCUUUUAGUAGAAAAGGAUCGGGAGCUAAUUCGUAAAGUGAAAGCUUUCAAAAAGGAAUUUUCUGAAAAAAUUGCAGUCUUACAUGAUGAAAAGUUAGAAAUCCAGAACAAAUUAGCUGAUCUAGAGAAGACGAAACUGAAACAAGAUACUUUGAGACAAUCUGAAAAGCAUCAGUAUGAAGAGAAACUACAUGUGUUACAGAUGGUUGAAGAAUCUAGGAAAAAGAAACUUCAGUGUUUGCGAUUAAAAAUUCAACAGCAAGCUAUUCAGAUAGAGGAGUUGGAAGAAAAGAAACAUGAAAGUGCUCAUCUGAAACAAAUAAGAUCUUACUACAUUCAAAUUCAUGACAUGCAACUCCAGAUUGCGUCACUUUCUCAAUCAGAAAAGAAUUUGCUGGAGUCUAAUCAGAAGCUGCAGGAAACAACAGAGAGAUUGAAACAAGAAUGUCAACAUGCAAGGAAUCAGGCCAAAAAAGCUCAACUAGAAGCACAGAGGUAAUAUUCUGUUUUCUUCCUCUUGGCUUUAUUUUCCUUUUCAUACUACUUGUGUUCCUUUCACAUGGAUUAUCUAGCUAUGGACUAUAGAUUUUUAAUAAAGCCAGAAGUUAAAAAUGAACAGGAAAUAGCGGACAAUUGUAACAGGAGGAUGAGAGAGACGCUAGAACUUUUGGAAGCCAAGAUAGAAGAACUAGGAAAAGAAAAUCAGGUGCUAAAGAGAAAUCUCUUCUUCCCUACGCAGAAUUUUUCCUCUGAAGAAUAUGCACGCCUACAGAAGAGACUAAAGGACUUGCAACGUAGGCACAAUGAAUUCCGGAGUCUAAUUCUGAAUCCUAGCAUAUCAUCCCUCAAUCCAGUUGGUACAAUGUUGUUGUCUGCCUUGCCUCCUGGGCCUGACGUGUCCUCCCUUUUUCAGGAGGAACAGCAUCAAAGAGAGCUUUCCCUGCUUCACAAACGGCUGGAAGAACUAGAAACCAUACAGAGAAAACAGCUGCAAGGUCUUGGACCAUCAGAGAGAGUACGGGUGGGUGCACACAGGAACUUGGCUACAGACAAGGUCACUGGAGAAGGCAGUGCCCAGAGUGAGGACUACAGAUAA